CGCAACCAACGAAGAAGAAAGGUGGUCACAUGACCACUCUUCGUUUCACGUGUGGUUCGAAGUAGCAAACCUCGAUGUUUGCUGUCUCUAUUGAUAGCUUUCUUUUUGUUGUUUUAUUCAGUGAGUUCGUUUUUAUCUGAUUUGGCAGUCUUCCCCCUUGAAGGACGAUGGCUUCCAGCUGUAGACGACCGGAGCACAUGGCUCCUCCAGAUGUGUUCUACAAUGAGGAGGAAGCAAAGAAAUACUCUCAGAACUCUCGAAUGAUUGAGAUUCAGACACAGAUGUCGGAGAGGGCCGUGGAGCUUCUAAACCUGCCAGAGGGACAGCCCUGCUUCUUGUUAGAUGUCGGGUGUGGAUCUGGUCUGAGUGGAGACUAUCUGUCAGAGGAGGGACACCACUGGGUUGGAGUUGACAUCAGCACAGCAAUGUUAGACGUGGCGUUGGACAGAGAAGUGGAAGGAGAUCUUGUGUUGGGGGACAUGGGCCACGGCAUGCCUUUUCGACCGGGCACCUUUGACGGUUGCAUCAGCAUCUCCGCACUGCAGUGGCUCUGUAACGCCGACAAAAAGUCCCACAGUCCACCCAAGAGGCUCUUCACUUUCUUCAGCACACUCUACUCCUCCUUAGCGCGAGGCUCUCGGGCCGUUUUUCAGCUUUACCCAGAGAAUUCAGAGCAGCUGGAGCUGAUCACAACUCAGGCCAUGAAAGCAGGCUUCAGUGGCGGCAUGGUGGUGGAUUACCCCAACAGCAGCAAGGCGAAGAAGUUCUUCUUGUGUCUGUUUGCUGGUGUGACAGGAGUUCUUCCUAAAGGUCUGGGCUCAGAAACGUCUGACCGAGCCGUUUCAAACCAAGUCCAGUAUUCAGGACAAAGGAGUCGAUUUAAAAAUAUGAAAGGAAAGUCGGUGAAGAAGGGACGAGAUUGGAUCUUGGAGAAAAAGGAGAGAAGAAGAAGACAGGGAAGGGACGUUCGAGCGGACACAAAGUACACCGGACGUCAGCGGAGACCUCACUUCUAGCUGUGACUCAUGCAGCUCAUGCCGUCAUUGGCUCUGCUCUGAACCUGCACACGCACGGUCAACGCUGGAGCCUGAUUGCACUUUUUUCUACUCUUUUUAAGUCGAGUGGAUGAGGUGCAAACAUGAAAUGCUGUUAGAGCCAAUCAGCUUCUUAUUUGUUCAAGUGAUUGGUAAUUUGUUUCUCCCAAAUUGGGUGAGAUUUAACUCUCUGUUUGGAUUUGACAGGUGUGCGUGUCAAAACUGAGCUGUGAAAUUAAAAGGAUUUAUAAUAAUCAUGAAAUAUUAAAUCCUUCUUUGACUUUCA